UCUCCCCCUUCGGUCUCCAUUCACUUCCCUCCCCCUCCCAGUUUCUGAAAUGAUUCUCCAGAAUUUUCUCCUCAUAAAAAAGGCAGAGAAGAGAUUCCAUGGACUAACGAAAGCCAGACUGUAGAGAGUUCUCCUUCAUGGACAACCUAGCACACAAAUAAUUUCCUGACUACCUAUGAAAGUGCUGUGAGGGUCAAGAGAUGCCGUUCCAUUCUAACACUUCAUCUUCGGUCAGCAUGGCUCUUGGUGGCUUCCCUUUAGCACUGACAUUUACCUGCUUUGGUUUGAACUACAAAGUAGAUGAACUGCUAACCAACUGGCAAACAACAGGAACCCAUGGACAAGGACUGAAUGUGAGACUAACUGCCAUCACUCUACUUUGGCUUAAAAAUUCCCUUGUGGUUGGGUAGCAGUGAUUAUUCUCUGAAAGCUCUUCUGCGCCCCAAUGUAGAAGAGAAAGCAAAUUGGACAUCUUGGAAGGUGAGGUGACCUUUGAGAAGGGGACUCGUGGACUCCCCGGCUCCAGGAUGAAUACUGCAGUGUCGUGACCCUUGGGGUUCUGUGUGCCCUGGAGAUGCGAGAUUUUCCUUUGGCAGCUGGAGGCACACACCCAGAGAAUGCGGGAGCUGCGAGGGGAAAGGACCCACUUCCACAGCAGAGGAAAACGAGGAGGAAAAAGACAUACAGGCGGCCAGCGCUAAGGGGCGCGCCAAGUGAGCAGUGGGCCACUGCCGCUGCCUCCAGCAGCAACGCGUGCUGCAGCCCGAGAGGAACUCGGUGAGCCUGUCCCUGUCUGUGACUGCAAGCUCAGGAUUUCAAUCAAUGCAUUCCAGUAACCCUAAAGUGAGGAACUCCCCGUCAGGAAGCACACAGAGUAGCCCUAAGUCAAAGCAGGAGGUGAUGGUCCGUCCCCCUACAGUGAUGUCCCCAUCUGGAAACCCCCAGCUGGACUCCAAAUUCUCCAAUCAGGGUAAACCGGGGGGCUCAGCCAGCCAAUCCCAGCCAUCCCCCUGUGACUCCAAGAGUGGGGGCCCCACCCCUAAAGCCCUCCCCGGCCCAGGUGGGAGCAUGGGGCUGAAGAAUGGGGCAGGAAGUGGUGCCAAGGGCAAGGGGAGAAGGGAGCGAAGCGUUUCCGCCGACUCCUGUGAUCAGAGAGAUCCCGGGACUCCAAGCGAUGACUCUGACAUUAAAGAAUGUAAUUCUGCAGACCAUAUAAAGUCCCAGGAUGCCCAGCACACACCACACUCCAUGACCCCAUCCACUGCUGCAGCCCCCCGGUCUUCCACCCCCUCUCAUGGCCAGACUACUGCUCCAGAUCCCAUACCUGCUCAGAAGACUCCAGCCAAAGUGGUGUAUGUGUUUUCUACUGAGAUGGCCAAUAAAGCCGCAGAAGCCGUACUGAAGGGCCAGGUUGAAACAAUCGUCUCUUUCCACAUCCAGAACAUCUCCAACAGCAAGACAGAGAGAAGCACAGCCCCUCUGAACACACAGAUAUCUGCCCUUCGGAAUGAUCCGAAACCUCUCCCACAGCAGCCUCCGGCUCCAGCCAACCAGGACCAGAAUCCUUCCCAGAACACCAGACUGCAGCCAACUCCACCCAUUCAGGCACCAGCACCCAAGCCUGCCGCACCCCCGCGCCCCCUGGACCAGGAUAGUCCUGGGGUAGAAAAUAAACUGGUCCCUUCCGUGGGCAGUCCUGCCAGCUCCACACCUCUGCCCCCAGAUGGUACUGGGCCAAACUCGACGCCCAACAACCGAGCAGUGACUCCUGUCUCCCAGGGGAGCAAUAGCUCUUCAGCAGAUCCCAAAGCCCCCCCACCUCCACCAGUGUCCAGUGGUGAGCCCCCCACACUGGGAGAGAACCCCGAUGGCCUGUCUCAGGAGCAGCUGGAGCACCGAGAGCGCUCCUUACAAACUCUCAGAGACAUCCAGCGCAUGCUCUUCCCUGACGAGAAGGAAUUCACAGCGGGACAGACGGGGGGUCCCCAGCCAAAUACUGGGGUGUUAGAUGGACCUCAGAAGAAAGCAGAAGGGCCAAUCCAGGCCAUGAUGGCUCAAUCCCAAAGCCUAGGUAAAGGAGCUGGGCCCCGGACAGAUGUGGGAGCUCCAUUUGGCCCUCAGGGGCAUCGGGACGUGCCCUUUUCUCCCGAGGAGAUGGUUCCACCCAACAUGAGCUCGCAGCCGGGGCCCAUGGGCCCUGACCACCUGGACCACAUGACUCCCGAGCAGAUAGCUUGGCUGAAGCUGCAGCAAGAGUUUUACGAAGAGAAGAGGAGGAAGCAGGAGCAGGUGGUGGUCCAGCAGUGCUCCCUGCAGGAGAUGAUGGUCCAUCAGCACGGGCCACGGGGAGUGGUCCGAGGGCCCCCGCCCCCCUACCAGAUGGCUCCUAGCGAAGGCUGGGCCCCCGGGGCUGCAGAACCAUUUUCUGACGGUAUCAACCUUUCACAUUCUCUGCCCCCGAGGGGAAUGGCCCCCCACCCCAACAUGCCAGGGACCCAGAUGCGCCUCCCUGGGUUCGCAGGAAUGAUAAACUCUGAAAUGGAGGGGCCAAAUGUGCCCAACCCAGCAUCUAGACCAGGUCUUUCUGGAGUCGGUUGGCCAGACGAUGUGCCAAAAAUCCCCGAUGGUCGAAAUUUCCCUCCUGGUCAAGGCGUCUUCAGUGGCCCUGGCCGAGGGGAGCGCUUCCCAAACCCGCAGGGCUUGUCGGAAGAGAUGUUUCAGCAGCAGCUGGCGGAGAAGCAGCUGGGCCUCCCGCCGGGCAUGAGCAUGGAGGGUGUCCGGCCCGGCGUGGAGAUGAACAGGAUGCUCCCUGGUUCCCAGCGCCACAUGGAGCCUGGGAGUAACCCCAUCUUCCCUCGGAUACCAGUUGAGGGUCCUCUGAGUCCUUCCAGGGGUGACUUCCCAAAAGGCAUGCCUCCCCAGAUAGGGCCUGGUCGGGAGCUUGAGUUCGGAAUGGUUCCGGGUGGGCUGAAGGGAGACGUCAGUCUCAACGUCAGCAUGGGGUCCAGCUCUCAGAUGAUACCUCAAAAGCUGAGAGAGGCCGCGGCGGGCCCUGAGGAGAUGAUGAAGCUGCGCCCGGGGAGCUCCGAGAUGCUGCCUGCCCAGCAGAAGAUGGUGCCCCUGCCCUUCGGGGAGUACCCGCAGCAGGAGCUCGGCGCGGGCCCCCGGCCGUUCCUUCCCACGUCUCAGGGUCCGGGCAGCAACAGUGGCUUGCGGAAUCUCAGAGAACCAAUUGGGCCCGACCAAAGGACUAACAGCCGGCUCAGCCACAUGCCACCACUACCUCUCAACCCCUCCAGUAACCCCACUAGCCUCAACACGGCUCCCCCCGUCCAGCGCGGCCUGGGGCGGAAGCCGCUGGAUAUCUCUGUGACCGGCAGCCAGGUGCACUCCCCAGGCAUGAACCCUCUGAAAUCGCCCACGAUGCACCAGGUCCAGUCCCCGAUGCUGGGCUCACCCUCCGGGAACCUCAAGUCCCCCCAGACUCCGUCGCAGCUGGCUGGCAUGCUGGCGGGCCCAGCUGCUGCUGCGUCCAUUAAGUCCCCUCCUGUCCUGGGCUCUGCUGCUGCUUCGCCAGUCCACCUCAAGUCUCCGUCGCUCCCCGCCCCGUCCCCCGGCUGGACCUCCUCUCCCAAGCCUCCCCUGCAGAGUCCUGGGAUUCCUCCAAACCAUAAAGCGCCCCUCACCAUGGCCUCCCCAGCUCUGCUGGGGAGCGUAGAGUCGGGUGGCCCCCCACCUCCUGCAGCCAGCCAGCCUGCCUCUGUGAAUAUUCCGGGAAGUCUUCCCUCUAGCACACCGUACACCAUGCCUCCGGAGCCAACCCUCUCCCAAAACCCUCUGUCCAUUAUGAUGUCUCGAAUGUCUAAGUUUGCAAUGCCCAGCUCAACCCCACUGUACCAUGAUGCCAUCAAGACUGUGGCCAGCUCUGAUGACGACUCCCCUCCAGCUCGCUCUCCCAACUUGCCGUCAAUGAAUAAUAUGCCAGGAAUGGGCAUUAAUACACAGAAUCCUCGAAUUUCAGGUCCAAACCCCGUGGUUCCGAUGCCAACCCUCAGCCCAAUGGGAAUGACCCAGCCACUUUCUCACUCCAACCAGAUGCCCUCUCCGAAUGCCAUGGGACCCAACAUACCUCCUCACGGGGUCCCGAUGGGGCCCGGCCUGAUGUCACACAAUCCUAUCAUGGGGCAUGCAUCCCAGGAGCCCCCGAUGGCACCUCAAGGACGGAUGGGCUUCCCCCAGGGUUUCCCUCCAGUGCAGUCUCCUCCCCAGCAGGUGCCAUUCCCUCACAAUGGCCCCAGUGGGGGACAAGGCAAUUUCCCAGGAGGAAUGGGUUUCCCAGAAGGCCCCCUUGGCCGCCCCAGCAACCUGCCCCAAAGUUCAGCAGAUGCAGCACUUUGCAAGCCUGGAGGCCCUGGGGCGCCUGACUCCUUCACCGUCCUGGGGAACAGCAUGCCUUCAGUGUUUACAGACCCCGACCUGCAGGAGGUCAUCCGACCUGGAGCCACAGGAAUACCCGAGUUCGACCUCUCCCGCAUUAUCCCGUCAGAGAAGCCCAGCCAGACGCUGCAGUAUUUCCCUCGAGGCGAGGUCCCAGGCCGGAAACAGCCACAGGGUCCUGGACCCGGCUUUUCCCACAUGCAGGGCAUGAUGAGCGAUCAAGCGCCCAGGAUGGGACUGGCAUUACCUGGCAUGGGAGGUCCAGGGCCAGUAGGAACUCCAGACAUCCCUCUUGGUACAGCCCCAUCCAUGCCAGGUCACAGCCCAAUGAGACCACCAGCCUUUCUCCAGCAAGGCAUGAUGGGACCUCACCAUCGGAUGAUGUCACCAGCACAAUCUACAAUGCCCGGGCAGCCCACCCUGAUGACCAAUCCAGCUGCUGCCGUGGGCAUGAUUCCUGGCAAGGAUCGAGGGCCAGCUGGGCUCUAUACCCAUCCUGGGCCGGUAGGCUCUCCAGGCAUGAUGAUGUCCAUGCAGGGCAUGAUGGGACCCCAACAGAACAUCAUGAUCCCCCCACAGAUGAGGCCCCGGGGCAUGGCUGCUGACGUGGGCAUGGGGGGAUUCAGCCAAGGACCUGGCAACCCAGGAAACAUGAUGUUUUAAGCUGCUAAGACUGGAUGUGCCGAUCCUCGUCAAGAUGAGAUUCUAGGUCCUGAGGGCUGCUUUGGGGCGCUGCCUGAGUCCUCACUGUUGGACAUGCAAUAGGAGAACAGGCCGGAGGGCUGCUUGGGGGAGGAGGGAACUCGAGAAUGUAUGGAUUUACCAGAACACAAAUUACCCAUUUAAUCAACAGGUGUGUUUUUUUUAAGAUUUAUUUUUUAAAAAUUAUUUUUGUGGACUUGAGUAUCCCAUGAUGGCACCUACUUUUGGGAAUCCGUAGCCGUGUUUUGAAAUUGCCAUCUGUCACGUGUUGCACCGUUCUCUGUAUGUUUACGUCCUUGGACUGGCUUCUCCCAGGAUUCUUUUCGGUUUUGUUCUUGAGUUGGGCUUUAUUUCUCCGUGUGUACUGUACUAUAUUGUAAAAGGGAUUUUAGCAGAGACUCUAGUCUUUGGGGCAAGAGGAGAACAGGAAGGCUGGGCUGUUUACUUCAGGUGGAAAAUCCAUCUUCAGACCUUUGGACUAUUUUCUUUCAACUCCAGUGUAUAGAAAAACCAAACUACGACCUCAGAGCAGAGUAUUAAUGAAAAGCACAAAAAAAGGAACUAAGUUCAGCGAGGGGUGGGGGGAGGGGGGAAAUUUUUCUUUUAAAAAUACUGAAGUUUAGGACUUUUUUUUUUUCCCCGCCCCCAGUUCAAGUGCUCUUCAGCACGGUCUGUCUCCCAGUAUACAAACCCAUCACCACGGUUUUCUCUCCUUCCCCUCUUCUAGUCCCCUUAGUUAAGUGUGGUCCUCUCCCUUGUGACCCUCACUGGUGACCUCUGCUUCCCUCUCCUCCCUUCCCUUUGGCAGCUGCAAUACCCGGUGUCCCCUGGGGGGACACGCUCAAAGGCAAAACCUCUCCUGAGCGCAGAGUCCUGUCCCUCAACCCUGUCCUUUCCUGGUGUACUCUUUCUGCACCCCUUGUUUUCUGUUCUCCUUUUCUUAGGAAUUCCCAAGUGAGUUUUACCAUGUGGGAAUGGAACAGAUGCUAAAAGCUACCCAGGAUCUUGUUUUGUUUUAAAUUCUGUGGUUCCUUCCCCUUCCUCCCUCUCCCAUGCGUAAGACGUUCUGUGUAACCUUCAUUAAAUUUGGUACAAAACCACUCACCAGAGCUGUGGUGUCAGAAAAAUAAAAUAUAUUGUUUCUUACAAAA